UUGAGUUAUCCCGCCCUCAGGACAAACGCUUGGAGCCAUCACCACCGCGGACCGAUGAGCCAACGCCCAGCACCCAUCAGGGCCGCUUCGACCGCGCGACAUAUCUCAAACUCAUCAGCGCCGGCUUUUCCUUCUUCGUCGCCGGCGUCAACGACGGCAGCCUCGGAGCCCUCAUCCCCUAUCUCAUCCGCGAAUAUGCCGUCAGCACUGCCAUUGUGUCCAGCGUGUGAGUAAUACGGCACCACGUUCGCGGGAUGGCUGACCUCGGCGCUCACAAACACCCAUCUCUCGCAGUCGCUCGACCUGGGCGCCAUGCUCGCCCUCGGCGCCGCGAUCCAGAUCCUGGCGCACGCCUUGCGCGCCUGGAACCCGCCGUUCCCGCUCUUCGUCGUCACGUUCUGGCUCGCCAGCUUGGGACAGGCGUACCAGGACACCCACGGGAACACGUACGUGGCGGGCGUCAAAGGUGCCCAUCGAUGGCUGGCCUUCAUUCACGCCAUGUACAUGGCCGGAUGUCUCGUCGGACCCUUCGUUUCCACGGCUGUCGCGUCGGCGGGCGCCACUUCGAGGUGGUACCUGUUCUACACGGUUCCCUUGGGCAUUGGCGUCGUCAACUUGGCCCUGGUGCUGGUUGCAUUUCGCGAUUCCCUGCGCUUCAAGAGGGCCGCACCAUCUGGCGACGAGACCGGUCCAGAGAGCUCCACUGACACGUCGACCGACGCGGCCGAGGCCUCGCAACGAGUCUCUCGCAACAAAGGCGCCAUGAUGCUCAUCAAGGAGACCGUCCGUCUUCCGAGCGUCUGGCUCCUCAGCACCUUCUUCUUCUUCUACCUGGGCGCCGUGCUGACGGCCAGCGGCUGGGUAGUCGAAUACCUCGUCGAUGUGCGCAAAGGAAGCCUAUCGCAAAUGGGAUACGUUCCUGCGGGCUUCAACGGCGGCGCCCUGCUAGGGCGGCUCCUGCUGGCGGAGCCAACCCACCGGUUUGGUGCCCGGAGGAUGGUGUUUGGCUACGUGCUCAUCUCGAUUGCGCUGCAACUUGUAUUUUGGCUAGUGCCAAACAUUAUUGCGGCAUCGAUUGCUGUGAGUUUCAUUGGCUUCUUCACAGGGCCGCUCUUCGCAACCGUACGUAACACUAGAAAAACCAUGGGGCAUGGCUUCCGUUCCUUAACGCGCAUCGCUCACGAUUGCAGGGGAUCUCUCUUGGGUCGAAGCUCUUCCCGGCGCAUCUCCACUCGACGGCCCUUGCGCUCCUCUUCGUCGUUGCCCAGAUGGGAGGCUCUCUGUUCCCCGUCGUCACUGGCGUCAUCGCGUCCAACGCCGGUGUCAAAGUCCUGCAGCCAAUCCUGAUUGCCCUGCUCGCGGCCACGGCGAUCAGCUGGAUGCUCGUGCCGCGACCAAAGGAGUCUGGGAACACCGAGCUGCAUCAGGAAUAGUCACAUGCAUUAUGAGCAACAUGUGCCUAAAAUGUAGAUGUAUAUAUGGAGAGCAAAGAGAAUGA